AUAGGUCGAAGAGUAAAGCAAGGAGGAUGGAGGAACCGGAAGAGAAAGGCAGCAGUGAUGCCACAACACACAGUCGACUCAACCUGUACUUCUCCAUCUUUGUUGUUAACCUGCUGUACAUGUGCACGGGGCAGUGCUACGUGUGGACUUCCCCCACUCUGCCAUAUCUACUAUCGGAUAAAUCCUUCCUUCCCAUAACUCCAGCCGAGGGUUCAGUGAUUGCCUCAGUGUUUGUCUUCGGCGGGAUACUGGGGGCUCUGCUGACACGACCCAUGGCUGACUCCCUGGGUCGUCGCUGUACCCUGGGUCUGUGUCUGGUCUCCAUCCUCAUCUCCUGGGCUCUGCUGGGGUUCACAGCCAAUAUCCACAUCAUCUACCUCGCCCGUCUCAUACAAGGGUUGUCCACUGGUAUCAACUUCUCCGUAGCACCUCUCUACACCGCUGAGAUAUCCGAUGAUACAGUCCGAGGGCCGCUCAACUCUAUCCCUCUAUUCUCUCGCAGUUGCGGCUACGUCUUCGUGUACAGCAUCGGUCCGUACGUGAGCUACCACCAGCUGAUCGUCGCAGCAUCAGUGGUCCCUCUGGUGGCUCUUGUGCUGACCCCUCUAACUGCUGAGUCUCCACAUUACCAGGUUGCUAGAGGAAGGCGGACAAAAGCUGUAAAGACGGUGCAGUGGUUAAGAGGAGGCCUGUCUUUCCCCGCUGCUGAGAAAGAAGUAGAUGCUAUUCAGGAGUACUAUAACCAGACGGCCACACAAAAGAAGUCCAUCAAGGACUUAUUCGCCACGAUAGGCAAUAUCCGAGCCCUCUACCUCUCCGGCGGACUCCUGGCGUUCCAGCAGCUGUGCGGUGUCACUGUGAUCCUCCUCUACACGGAGCCCAUCUUCCAGAUGACCGGGACCUCUGUUUCUGCCAGCAUGUCUGCCAUCUUGUUCGGCGCAACUCUGAUGGUGUCUUCUGUCAUCGUUCCACCCUUUGUCAAACGCUUCGGCUUCAUCAAGCCCAUGAUCGUGUCAUCUAUAGGAUGUGCAAUUUUUGUCGGGUUGCUGGGACUGUUUUUCUUCUUGCAGUCUCUCGGAGUGGAUAUUUCUUCUCUCAACUGGUUACCUGUCACAAGCACAUUUCUAUACACAGUCAGCUACUCUAUUGGUAUUGGAACUUUACCCUGGGCUGUGAUGGGUGAAAUUUUUCCCGCCAACACGAAAUCUCUGGCGGCUGGGAUAUUGACUUCUUUCAACUUCCUCCUCGGCUUCCUUACUGCUGUGAUGUUUGUUGAGGUCAAUGAAUGGCUCGGCGUCUGCUGGUCAUUCUGGAUGUACGCAAUAUUCUGUCUGAUCGCUGCGCCAUUCACCAAGUACCUGCUACCGGACACGCAAGGCCUGUCACUCGACCAGAUCCAGCGGCUAGUCAAUCAGCCGUGGAACACCAAGUGGUCGCGGAAGCCUGACCUUGUCAUCUAACUGUGAUAAUAGUUUAGUCUGUAAAUAAAUUGUAUUUCUCUA